CAAUGAUAUAAUGAAAUUAGUUGUUUUAUGACAUCGUUUCUGACCGAUCGUGGAUGCAGAUGUUGAGUUUAUUGCUUGAUCGAGACUAAAGGUUGGCAGAAUGGGGGCUAGCUUGUAAAUGGAAAGUGGUUUGCAGGAGUACUGAUGUACAUUCCAAAAUGGACGAGAAUAAGGGUAUCAAAAGGAUGGAUGACGGUACUUGCCGCGAGUGCAGGUGCCAGUGGAACCUACUACAGUUAUUUUCACGGCAGACCACAUGAUAAUUACAAACUUGAGCAUGAUUUGGCUAAUAGAACAUACAUCGUUGUGGGUGCUUCUUCUGGUAUUGGCAAAGAAGCAGCAAAAGAACUGGCAAUGCGAAAAGCGAAAGUGAUUAUGGCUUGUAGGAAUAAUCGCAAAUGCAUUGAAAUUCGCCGAAAUUUAGUAAUUGCAACGAAAAAUAUGGAAAUUUAUUGUAGACGUUUAAAUUUGGAUGACUUUGAUUCAGUACGAGAGUUCGUUCUUAAACUUAACACAGGUAAAGGAAAUAUUAAACAAAUCGAUGGUGUACUGUACAGUGCUGCUACCACAGAAUCUACUCGCCAAACGAAUAAGCAUCAUAUCGAGCGCACAUUUGCGACGAAUCAUUUGGGACCUUUUCUGUUAACAUCAUUAUUGUAUGAUCGAUUGAGGAAGCAGUCAGGUCCGGUUCGCCUGGUGUUUUUGAAUACUUCAGAUAUAAAACUAAACGAGUUAAACUUUGGCGAUUUAAAUUCGGCAGACUUAACGAAGUGGCAAGAAUCUCCUGAGGAAGCCAGGAAAGAUGUUUACUAUCAAAGUAAACUUGCUUUGACUCUUUUCGUGAAGUUGCUAUCAGAAAAGGUUAGAGACACAAAUUUACGAGUUACGAUGGUUGAUCCAGGUAAUACGAGAACUGACCUAUUUUAUCGUUUGGAAGCAGCCGAUGACCGAAUAUUUUUUGUACGAUGGUAUAAGUCUUUGAAAAGGUGGGUUUAUGGACUCGUUGCUGCGCAAUCAGUUAGUGAUGCCACUCGUCCCGUAUUAUAUGCACUUGUGGACGAAAAGAUGGAGAACGUGAACGGAAUUUUCAUCAACUCACUUAGGACCGAACUGCCAUGGCAUCAUUUGGCGUCAGAUGAGAAAAUUCUAAAUAAGCUGUGGCUAACUAGUGCUAAAUGGACAGAAACUGGUGUACAUCUGGAACGUCUUCAGCAAGAUUUAAAGAAAUCGAAAUCCCAGGAAACAGGUGCAACGCAAAAGGUGAAAGCUGGAAUAAGUUGGUUAUCGUGGUUUUGAUGAAAACUUGUUAAUAGUUUUCCUAUCAUUAAGUCUGUAAGGUAAGUGUCGAUAAGAGAGUUCAAGAUGUGUUAAAAUGAUGAACUGAAGCAAACAGCUAUAUGAUUUGAAUAUUCAUGAUUCGCCUUCAUGGCUUUAACAGGAGUAUGAAGCGAUUAUUAUAAUUUGUUGUUGUUACAUUGUCGCAUAUAUGAAUAAACUCCCUGUAAAGUUUUUUUCCUCUUGCUACGGUCUUUCAAAGGGAAUUAAUCUGAACUAAACUUCUCAGGUUUGUGAUGA